AUGGGUAAAAAUCGUCGAGCUAAAGCCACAUUCAGGGCCCCAAUGUACCCUGUGGGUGGCUACACAAAGCGAAUCGACCAAUACGGCGCCGUACCGCCCUCUGUCCUAGCCGAGGAACGGCGUCUUCAGAAUCUCGAGAAGCGCAUUGAGAAGGGACGGCGAUGCCAGCUCGCUCAAUGUGAGAAGAAACAGAGAGAGGCAGCAAGGCAUCUCAAGGAGCUGAGUGAAGCUAAGGAGAAAGUAUCAAUGCUACCUAUGAAGCAUACUGAGUAUCUAUAUGGAGGGUGUGUCACUGUCAGGGUCUUGACCACGGAUGAUAGAUGUAAGGACGAUGACGAGGAAUCGUACUCACCACCACAGGCUAAAGCAUGUCAUCGCACCCAUGCAACCACAAAGCUACCAGAGCUCCUCCUUAAACCGAGACUUCCCAAAAGAAGACAACCCAGAAGCUGGGCAUCUCUCAAGAAACAAUUCCAGGAAAAGGUACUUCCCGGGGGUGAAUUUCCACGCGUCUCAAAAGGAACACCACUAGAGACGGGCUGUUACGGCCUCGAGGGUUCCACCAGCAGCGACACUGCUGGGGUGGAUGCCAGUAAAGUACAGGGAGGAGAAUUUGUUAGUGAGAUCAAACGCUGCAGAUACAUUCGUGUUCCUGAACGGUACAAUGGAAUCCAAGAUGAUGAGCGAUGA